AUGAACUGUACAAAAUCACAGGGUCCAGCUCAAGAGAUUAUAAAACGUGACCAAAUCUGUUUGUGGGUUCAACAACUCAGCGAUCCAGAAAUGAGAAGCAACUCUUUGCUUGAACUCAACAAAAGAAGAGAAGUGAUCCCAGACCUAGGUGUUAUUCUCUGGCACUCGUUUGGAACUGUAGCAGCGAUGAUGCAAGAAAUCGUUGACGUCUACCAAUUUUUCAAUCCGUUAACUUUUACCGCACACCACUCACAUAGACUGUGUACAAUUCUAAAUCUAUUGAAAAGCGUCGCGAGCCAUCCAGAGACGAAAUCAGCGUUCGCUCAAGCUCAGAUUCCAAGCUAUAUUUACCCUUUCUUGAAACCCUACAAAGGUGUUGAAUUUGAAAACAUUCGCACGACUAGUCUCGGUGUCUUGGAAGCUUUGGUGAGGAACGACAGCGAAGAAGUGAUUACGCAUCUGCUAUCAACUGAAGUUAUCCUUUAUGUCCUAGAGAUUUUAGAAAAGGAUUCCAAGCCUUCAAAGACUUUUGCUGCGUCAAUUCUUCAAUGUAUUUUGUCUCAUGAAGACGGUUUGAUGAUGAUAUGUGAAACUCAUGAAAGGUUUGCUCGAGUAGCGACUGCACUUGGGAUUGUUGUCAACGAGUUGGCCAAAGACUCGACAUGUUCAGACGAGUUCCAGCAUGUCGGAGUGAUGCUUCACCUCGUGGUACAGUGUUAUUGGAGAUUGUCCCAGAAUUGUCGUGCUCGAGAAGCCCUCAAGAGAUGUCUUCCUGAUGAACUAAUGGAUGGGACGUUUUCGCAGUUUGUUGAUGACGAGUUUUCAACGAAUUGUGUUCUCACCCAGCUACUCAAUAAUCUCGAAAUGUGUCCUUAUGCUUUUGAAAUGCAGUAG